UCAUCCAUCGAACAUCAAGACAGAAAAGGGUACAGGCCAGCUUCCCAUUGCCUGUAACGGAUACUCUUUCUCAUCUAUGCCACCCACCUUUCUUUUGCCCUCGGUGAGCCCCAAAAUACCCAGUCGCCACCAUGUCAGACGCUGAAUUUGAUGCCAUCAAACGGCUGCAGGCUGAGCGCAAUGCUGCAGCCGCGGCAAAGAAAGGUUCAAAGACUUUUGAUCCGUCCAACCAGCGGACUGACUUUUCCACCAAGGCUUCUCUGACCGAAUCCUUCGACACCACCCUCUAUGAUCGAAACGGAGCCGAUAAAUAUGCCGGUUAUAACACCUCUAUCGCCGUUGAUGGUGAGGAUGAUGAAAUGCCAGAUGCAGAUGCCGACCAGAGCCGUAGGCUUAUCGGUCAGUAUACCGCAAGCAAAGACCAGCUGAAUGAGUUCGCAAGUGGGAAGGGUGUUGAAGAAGAAGAUAUUCUAUUGGGCCGUGAGAAGUCCGCCAGGGUAUCCGAGCGAGAGAGUGAAUAUCAGAAACGACGCUUUAAUCGUGCUCUCACUCCAACGCGGGCCGACCCAUUUGCGGAAAAUGCCAAUGCAAAUGUUGAGGCAGAAGGCCAUACUUAUCGCGACAUCAUGGCACUUCGAGAACUCGAGAAGGAAGAAGAACGCGUGAAGAAGAUCAUUGCUGAAAAACAAGUCAAGGGAGAAGAUGGCAUUGUGGAGCAUGAGGCCACCUUAAAAAUCGACGAGGGGGACAAAGAAAAUCGAGAGUUAGGUUCUGUAUCGGUUACGGCUGGUAGAAAGAGGAAACAGAGAUGGGACGUAACAUCUGAGUCUCCCGCUGCAACAGAAACUACUGAAGCUGCUGACGCCAAGCCCAAGCGCUCAAGAUGGGACCAGACACCUGCCCCUGCCGCCCCUACAGAAGCCCCCAAACGAAGGUCGAGGUGGGAUCAAGCUCCGUCACUUACAGCAGCUACGCCCAUCGGCCAUCAAGGUCUCUCGACACCCAUGCACCCUUCACAGGCACCCGUUCCAAUGACACCUAUAACCUUUGGCUCCGAUAUAACUGGUCGAAAUGCACCCCUAUCGGACGAGGAACUAGAUAUGAUGCUUCCCUCCGAGGGAUAUAAGAUUCUCGAACCACCUCCUGGAUAUGCUCCGCUUCGAACUCCUGCCCGCAAGAUGAUGGCCACUCCAGCGCCUGUUGCUAGCGCAAGCGGGAUCGGUGGUUUCAUGAUGCAAGAACCAGAAAACGCUCGCCUUAUGAGCAAGCAAUUACCCACCGAUAUCCCCGGAGUGGGCGACUUGCAGUUUUUCAAGGCUGAGGAUAUGCAAUACUUCGGAAAACUUGUUGACGGAGCUGAUGAGAAUUCAAUGUCCGUCGAGGAGCUCAAAGAGAGGAAGAUUAUGAGGCUAUUGCUAAAAGUCAAAAAUGGUACUCCGCCAAUGCGGAAAACCGCUUUGCGUCAGCUUACAGAUAACGCACGACAGUUCGGGGCAGGUCCUCUUUUCAACCAGAUUCUGCCACUGCUGAUGGAGAAAACACUGGAGGAUCAGGAACGGCAUUUGCUUGUCAAAGUCAUUGAUCGUGUGUUGUACAAGCUUGAUGAUCUUGUGCGACCGUAUGUCCACAAAAUCCUUGUCGUCAUCGAACCGCUCCUCAUCGACCAGGACUAUUACGCCCGUGUCGAAGGUAGAGAAAUUAUCUCAAAUCUCAGUAAAGCGGCAGGCCUUGCUCACAUGAUUAGUACCAUGCGCCCCGAUAUCGACCACGUUGAUGAGUAUGUACGGAACACCACUGCACGAGCUUUCGCUGUGGUCGCAUCCGCCCUCGGUAUUCCAGCCUUACUUCCAUUCCUAAGGGCCGUUUGUCGGAGCAAAAAAUCGUGGCAAGCUAGGCACACUGGUGUCAAAAUUGUACAGCAGAUUCCCAUUCUUAUGGGCUGUGCUGUCUUGCCUCAUUUGCAGGGCUUAGUAGACUGUAUUGGGCCGAAUCUCAGUGAUGAACAGGCCAAGGUGCGGACGGUGACCAGUUUGGCAAUUGCUGCACUUGCAGAAGCUGCCAAUCCUUAUGGUAUUGAGAGUUUCCAGGACAUUCUUGGGCCACUAUGGAUGGGUGCGCGUAAACAACGCGGCAAGGGCCUUGCCGGUUUCCUCAAGGCCGUUGGCUACAUCAUUCCUCUUAUGGAUGAAGAGGGUGCGAAUUACUUUACUAGCCAGAUCAUGGAAAUUAUCCUUCGCGAGUUCUCUUCUCCAGAUGAAGAGAUGAAGAAGGUUGUUUUGAAAGUCGUAUCUCAAUGCGCCGGUACAGACGGUGUUACAGCAGCAUAUCUGAAAGAGCACGUACUCCAGGAUUUCUUCAAAUGCUUCUGGGUCAGACGUAUGGCUCUUGACAGAAGGAAUUUUCGCCAAGUUGUGGAAACCACUGUUGAUCUCGGCCAGAAAGUGGGCGUUAGCGAGAUUUUAGAAAAGAUCGUCAACAACCUCAAGGACGAAAGCGAAGCAUAUCGAAAAAUGACAAUCGAAACGAUUGAGAAGCUCAUAGCUUCACUCGGAGCUGCAGAUAUCGGUGAACGAUUAGAGGAAAGGCUGAUCGACGGUGUCCUUUUCGCAUUUCAAGAACAAAGUGUGGAAGAUAUUGUGAUUUUGAAUGGAUUUGGAACCGUUGUAAAUGCCCUUGGAACUCGCUGCAAACCUUACCUUCCUCAAAUUGUUAGCACUAUUCUAUGGCGACUGAACAACAAGUCCGCAACUGUGCGACAGCAGGCAGCAGACCUUAUCUCUCGCAUCGCGAUGGUCAUGAAGCAAUGCGGAGAGGAUGCUUUGAUGGGCAAACUUGGUACUUUCCUCUACGAAUAUCUUGGUGAAGAAUAUCCUGAGGUGCUUGGUUCCAUCCUUGGCGCAUUGCGUUCUAUUGUCACUGUUGUUGGCAUCAACCAGAUGCAGCCUCCGAUUCGAGACCUUCUGCCACGCCUUACACCUAUCCUGCGAAAUCGGCAUGAAAAGGUUCAAGAAAACACAAUUGAUCUUGUUGGUCGUAUUGCCGAUAGAGGCCCCGAAUCAGUCAACGCCCGUGAAUGGAUGCGUAUUUGCUUCGAACUGCUUGAUAUGCUUAAAGCCCACAAGAAAGGCAUUCGCCGGGCCGCCAACAACACAUUUGGUUUUAUUGCAAAAGCAAUCGGGCCACAAGACGUUUUGGCUACGUUGCUCAACAACCUGCGGGUCCAAGAACGUCAGUCGCGCGUCUGCACAGCCGUUGCUAUUGGUAUAGUUGCCGAAACUUGCGCACCUUUUACAGUCUUGCCCGCUCUUAUGAACGAGUAUCGAGUGCCUGAACUGAAUGUGCAAAAUGGUGUGCUUAAAGCCAUGUCAUUCCUCUUCGAGUAUAUCGGCGAGAUGGCGAAAGAUUACGUCUACGCCGUCACACCGCUUCUUGAAGACGCUCUCAUCGAUCGUGACCAGGUUCAUCGACAAACAGCAGCCAGUGUUGUUAAGCAUAUCGCACUUGGGGUCGUGGGCUUAGGGUGCGAAGACGCAAUGGUUCAUCUCCUCAACCUUCUCUAUCCCAACCUUUUCGAGACCAGUCCGCACGUCAUCGAUCGUAUCAUCGAGGCUAUUGAAGCAAUUCGUAUGGCGGUCGGUACGGGUAUUGUGAUGAACUAUGUCUGGGCUGGACUAUUCCACCCUGCACGUAAAGUGCGAACUCCAUACUGGAGGCUGUACAAUGAUGCCUACGUUCAGGGCGCGGAUUCUAUGAUUCCAUAUUAUCCGCACCUACCAGAUGAAGGCGUGCCGAGAGAUGAAUUAGCGAUUGUACUUUGA